UUUCAUAUAUUGGCAUACAAGUUUGCAAAGAUUGAUACAAAACGGCAGAAUAUGGACUCCCUAUUCGUUAGUAAUCGUAUUUUCCUCAACUCGGACCGCUAUCCGGACUUAUUCGCCGGUGGAAUCCUGGUGUCAGGUGUGGACGGAAAGGUGGCGCGAAUUUUCGCCCAACCCAACGAUGUGCUGUCCUACCUUCUAAAACAUGAUGCGGAGGUUUAUGACUUUGGCGAUCUGGUGCUGAUGCCGGGACUAAUCGAUUCCCACGUGCACAUCAAUGAGCCAGGUCGCACUGAAUGGGAAGGUUUCUAUACGGCAACCAAAGCAGCUGCAGCUGGAGGUUUCACCACGAUUUGUGAUAUGCCGCUGAAUUCAAUUCCACCGACGACGACAAUGGCGAACCUUCGAACGAAAAUCAAUGCCGCAAGGGGAAAAAUUUUCGUCGACGUCGCAUUCUGGGGAGGCGUAGUUCCCGGUAAUACUGACGAAUUGCAGGAAAUGAUCUAUGCCGGAGUGGUCGGUUUCAAAUGCUUUCUCUGUCCCAGUGGCGUGGAAGAAUUUGGACAUGUUGGAGAGGAGGACGUGCAUAUGGCGCUGCAAAAAAUGGAAGGAACCAGUUCUGUACUAGCCUUUCACGCCGAGGUUGAAUGCAAGUCACACCAGCACGACAAGGAUACUCGACGGUGUAAUCCGAAAAAAUACGAAUCGUUCCUGCAAACUCGACCUGAUGAGAUGGAAGCGGAUGCGAUUGAGCUCGUAGCCCGACUGUCGCAACGGUACGAUGUUCCGUGUCACAUUGUACAUCUAUCAGCUGCCCGUGCUCUGCCUUUGAUUCGAGAUGCCCGAGAAAAUGGAGCAAGGCUGACUGUGGAAACGUGUCAUCAUUAUCUUUCGAUUGCCGCCGAAGAUAUUCCGGAUGCUCACACCGAGUUCAAAUGCUGUCCUCCGAUCCGGGGGAAAAGCAACCAGGAACAGCUCUGGCAAGCUGUUUGUGAUGGAGACAUCAAUAUGGUCGUGUCGGAUCACUCGCCAAGCACACCCGGUAUGAAGCUGCUUACUUCGGGUAAAAACCGAGGGGAUUUUCUGAAAGCUUGGGGUGGAAUCUCCUCCGUUCAGUUUGGUUUACCUCUAUUCUGGACCAACUGCCAGAGAUACGGGCUGAAGAUUGCGGAUGUAGUGAAGCUACUAUGCUCGGAACCGGCCAAAAUGUGCGGCAUCGAUAAGAUUAAAGGUCGACUGGAGGUUGGCUUUGAUGGAGAUAUUUGCGUAUGGGAUCCGGAAGAUUGGUUCACAGUAACGCGGGACAUCAUUGAGUUUCAAAACAAAGCCAAUCCUUAUAUGGACCGAAAGUUACGUGGUGUGGUACACGCGAGCUUCAUCCGCGGUUCGCCGGUUUAUAGAGCGACGAAAAAGUUUGGCACUCCGACUGGGAAUAUUCUUCUGAAGAAGGUUAGUCGCAGAGGGUCAAAGGUGGUAAAGUUUGAUUGAUUUCAAGUACCACGAUGAUCACUAUCUGCUGCUCUGGUGAACGGACCUACAUUUGUACAUUUGGUAAAGGCAAGUAAAGUAUGUUGUUUGGAAGACGAAAUUUUUCCUUCUCCGUAUUUGUUUAAAUUGUUAAUGUUCUAGUUGUUUUAAAAUAUUGAUUAUAAAAAUUGUUGAAAUAUUGUCGUAGCUCUCGAAAGCUUUUCAUAUUCUGAUGUAACAAUCAACUCUUCAAAUUGUAAGUAGAAAUGCUCAGUUGGUAGUUUGGUAUUAGAGGUCAGUAUGCUGCUGUUUACUGCAUGCGAUUAAAGCAGUAGUUACGUUCCAUUUCAUUCUAUUUACCUACAUUGACACACAUCAGCAUUUAAAUUUAUAUUAGAUUUACGUUAUGAGAGUAUUUUAGGAUCCGUAGUUAUUGCGUAUA